AUGGAAGCAAUGAUGGUGUUUUCAUGUCAACGAGAUGUUGUGAUGUGCCCAACUCGAGCAUCUACUUCCAACAACAUCUACAUCUACACCCUACAACAUCUACACCCAACAACAUCUACACCCAACAACAUCUACACCCUACAACAUCUACCCCCAACAACAUCUACCCCCAACAUCUACCCCCAACAACAUCUACAUCUACACCCAACAACAUCUACCCCCAACAACAUCUACCCCCAACAUCUACCCCCAACAACAUCUACAUCCAACAACAUAUACAUCUACACCCUACAACAUCUACACCCUACAACAUCUACACCCAACAACAUCUACACCAAACAACAUCUACCCCCAACAGCAUCUACAUCCAACAACUUCUACACCCAACAACAGCUACAUCCAACAGCAUCUACAUCCAACAACAUCUACAUCCAACAACAUCUACACCAAACAGUAUCUUCACCCAACAACAUCUACACCCAACAACAACUACAUCCAACAGCAUCUACAUUCAACAACAUCUACACCAAACAACAUCUACCCCCAACAGCAUCUACACCCAACAACAACUACAUCCAACAGCAUCUACAUUCAACAACAUCUUCACCAAACAACAUCUACACCAAACAACAUCUACACCCAACAACAACUACAUCCAACAACAUCUACACCCAACAACAUCUACGCCCAACAACAUCUACACCCAACAGCUUCUACACCCAACAGCAUCUACACCAAACGGCUUCUACACCCAACAGCAGCUACACCCAACAACAUCUACACACAACAACAUCUACAUUCAACAACAUCUACACCAAACAGCUUCUACACCUAACAGCAUCUACACCCAACAGCAUCUACACCCAUAAGCAUCUACAGCCAACAACAUCUACACCAAACAACAUCUACACCCAACAGCAUCUACACUCAACAACAUCUACACCCAACAACAUCUACACCCAACAGCAUCUACACUCAACAACAUCUACACCCAACAGCAUCUACAUCCAACAGUAUCUACACCCGAUAACAACUACACCAAACAGUAUCUACACCCAACAGCAUCUACAUCCAACAACAUCGACACCCAACAACAUCUACACCAAACAGUAUCUACACCCAACAACAUCUACACCCAACAGCAUCUACACCAAACACAUCUACACCCAACAGCAUCUACACUCAACAACAUCUACAUCCAACAACAUCUACACCCAACAGCAUCUACAUCCAACAACAUCUGCAUCCAACAGUAUCUACACCCAACAGCAUCUACACCCAACAGCAUCUACACCAAACAACAUCUACACCCAACAGCUUCUACACCCAACAGCAUCUACACCCGAUAACAUCUACACCCAACAACAUCUACGCUCAACAACAUCUACACCCAACAACAUCUACACCCAACAACAUCUACGCUCAACAACAUCUACACCCAACAACAUCUACACCCAACAGCAUCUACACUCAACAACAUCUACGUCCAACAACAUCUACAUCCAACAACAUCCACACCCAACAACAUCUUCACCCAACAACAUCUACACCCUACAACAUCUACACUCAACAACAUCUACAUCCAACAACAUCUUCACCAAACAGUAUCUACACCCAACAACAUCUACACACAACAACAUCUACACCCAACAACAUCUACACCCAACAACAUCUACAUCCAACAACAUCUACACCCGACAACAACUACACCCAACAACAUCUACACUCAACAACAUCUACACCCUACAACAUCUACACCCAACAACAUCUUCACCCUACAACAUCUACACUCAACAACAUCUACAUCCAACAACAUCUUCACCAAACAGUAUCUACGCCAAACAACAUCUACACCAAACAACAUCUACACCCAACAGCAUCUACACUCAACAACAUCUACACCCUACAACAUCUACACCCAACAACAUCUACACCCAACAACAUCUACACCCAACAACAUCUACACCCAACAACAUCUACACCAAACAGUAUCUACACCCAACAACAUCUACAUCCAACAACAUCUACCCCAAACAACAUCUACACCCAUCAGCUUCUACAUCUUACAGCAUCUACAUUGAGUGA